GCGCUGGACAGGGAGGGCCCUCUGGCGCAGACAGCUCCACCCUCUCCGCCACCGGCCCUCCUCUCCGGCCCAGACCGGAAAUGAGGUCAGGGAGGGAAACCUCGCCGGGGAGACUCGGCCCCAAAAGCGGCGGCUGUCGGAGGUUCCUGCAACAGCUGAUGUGGCCUCAUGGAUGAGCUGGUACAUGACUUAGCCUCAGCCUUGGAGCAGACAUCUGAACAGAGUAAGCUGGGCGAGCUGUGGGAAGAGAUGGCCUUGAGCCCUCGGCAGCAGAGGCGGCAACUUCGCAAACGGAGGGGCCGGAAGCGCCGUUCAGACUUCACUCACCUGGCAGAGCACACCUGUUGCUACAGCGAGGCCUCUGAGUCCAGUCUGGAUGAGGCCAUCAAGGACUGUCGAGAAAUGGCCCCAGUCACCAAUUUUAGUGACUCUGAUGACACCGUUGUAGCCAAGCAGCACCCAGGUCUCAACACCAUUGUUAAGAGUAAGCAACAUUCUUGGCACGAAUCUGACUCUUUUACUGAAAACGCGCCUUGCCGACCGCUCAGGCGCCGGCGGAAGGUGAAGCGAGUGACAUCAGAGGUGGCUGCCAGCCUUCAGCAGAAGCUCAAGGUAUCAGAUUGGAGCUACGAGAGAGGGUGUAGGUUCAAGUCUGCGAAGAAGCAGCGUCUGUCACGCUGGAAGGAGAACACUCCCUGGACCUCGUCAGGCCACGGAUUGUGUGAAUCAGCAGAAAAUAGGACUUUCCUAAGCAAAACAGGAAGGAAAGAAAGGAUGGAGUGUGAAGCAGAUGAGCAAAAACAGGGCUCUGAUGAGAACAUGUCAGAAUGUGAGACCAGCAGCGUGUGCAGCAGCAGUGACCCGGGCCUCUUCACGAACGACGAAGGACGGCAAGGGGAUGACGAGCAGAGUGACUGGUUCUAUGAAGGAGAAUGUGUCCCAGGAUUCACCGUCCCCAACCUUCUGCCCAAGUGGGCUCCCGAUCAUCGCGCUGAGGUGGAAAGGAUGGACUCUGGACUGGACAAGCGGUCAGAUCCCACGUUUCUGCUGCCUUCUCGGCCAGCUCAGAGGGGGUACCACGCCCGCUUGAAUCGCCUGCCGGGAGCCGCAGCCCGAUGCCUCAGAAAGGGACGAAGAAGGCUCGUGGGGAAGGAGACCAGCAUGAGUACUUUGGGCUCUGAGAGGAUAGGCCACAUCGUUAGUGACUCUCGGCAGAAAGACUUCUGGUUACCAUCAGCUGGCAAAAGGGAACGAAAUCAGUUUAACCCCCUCUCCCCGCUCUACUCCCUGGACGUUCUCGCUGAUGCUUCUCACCGGAGGUGUUCACCAGCACAGUGCUCUGCCAGGCAGGCGAACAUACACCUGGGGCCGCCGUGUUCACGCGACAUCAAGAGGAAGCGGAAACCUGUGGCCACAGCGUCUCUCUCCAGCCCCAGUGCAGUAAUCUCGCCAGUCCAUGUGGAUGCCAUGGAGCCAGCCACGCCAGUAUCACAAGCCCAGAAACCUCCAAACGCGGAGUGGCUGGUCAGGACCUCUGCCACAGAGAAAGCCACCGACUCGGCCGCAGCUGCGUUUUUUAAAAUGCCACAGGAGAAGAGCCCUGGGUGCAGCUAGAGGGCAGGACUCGACCCACCAGGAGCCAGUGGGGAGUUGUGAAGUGAACAUUAGGUUUUGUGUUGCGUAGUCUUGCAUAUCUUAAUAGAUAUUCCCAGUCUGUCUAUCACCAAGUCUGGCUCCUUCCUCUUGCAACAAAGCAGUGGACUCUUUCUCUCAGAAAAUCAUAUUGUGGAAAUCCUUUUUUUUUUAAAAAAAAGUUAGUGAAGUAUUAGGGCAGCAGAUUUUUUUAAAAAGCCAUCUUAUACUGUAUUUGUUACACUGCUGUUGCCGUCUCAACAGUUACUGCCAGCCCCGUGUACAGAGCUGUUGCUUUUUUGCAGGUGUGUCUUUUUUCUUGCGAAACUAGUAACUGCUUUUACCUACUUUUUGUGUAGAGCUUUUAAUAUCACCCGAGGAAGGGCCGCAUUCGCAGUCAGCCCCAGGCAGAGUUGGACGCUGAGUCGGGGGCUGUGUGCGGGCUUGUGUUUGCGGGAGGUAAGGCUUGCCUUUGAGCCUGGCCUUGAGUCACUCAGAGUGCCAAUGAGGAAAAUCCACCACGGUCUCAAUUUGGAGCCUCAGAAGCGACACCAGCAGCACGGGACUUCUUCCAGUCUUCUGGAUGGCCUCGUGGGAUGGCCGGCAGUUGCCCUGUACUUUGCUUCAUCUCCAAAGUUCGAGUUCUACCAAAAGAGGACGUCGCACGUGCUCCCUCACACACACACACACACACACACACACACACACUGGUGUAAGGAAGGACGGUUCACCCGUACAGAAGACUGUGAAGAGUGGAUUGGGUCUCAGUAGUUCAUGUUGCGGUGUACGCCUUUAUGUACUGACUGGGAUUUUACUGUUAGUGUAUAGGUCAGUAACCUGCAGCAGAAAUUCACUCGAGGAUUAUAAUAAUGGCUUCUUGGGGUUACACUUUGGGGAGGAAAAUGUCUUGGGCCUGCCUUUCUACUUGGCGUGUUCGUGGCAGCCCAGCUGCAGGCGGAGCCGCACACACAGCCGUGCCUGAGGUUGGGUGCUGUGUCGUCAAAAUGGGGAGUCGGUGGCUACCCGGAGCUGCUGGAGAAAAGCCGCCCUUUCUUAAAAAGUUUUAUCAUGCGCCUAGUUGGUAGUAGGGUUCUUUUCUGGUACAAAUUGAGUACAUUUACUCUGAAGUGUACAGAAGCUGUUCUCUAAGUGCCCCCUGCUAUGGUAGUUAAUGAUCUGGAGGAACUCCUGGCCUCGCACCUGGAUAGUGUCUGCGCUUAAAAACAGGCACUGAGUGGGCUGAGCCUCCUCCCCCAGAAGGGCGGCUGCCCCCAGUUCUCCCACAGAGCGAGACGGUGGGCUGCUCUGUCGUGUUCCCUUUGAAAGUGGCAGUCCUUCUCAGUGGGGGCUCCAGAAUUCCUUGUCUGGGGGGCUGGCGUGAAUCCAGUCGGAGAGGGAGACUUAAGCUAAGUUUACAUGGCACUUUAUGUAAGACUGAGAACACGUCAGUUGUCCCCAACGAGGAAUAUGGUGGCGGGCAGGACAGUCACGGAUCGUGGGCCGAGGAGCAGUGCUGCAGCGGGAGGCGCCCUGGGAGCCGUGCACUGCCCUUCCCGACUUCCAGACUCUCUCUGCCCUGGGCUGUGGUCUUGUGUUUGUCAUUGACAGGCCGGGGUUGCUCCGAGGCCCAUGUUUCUGAAGCAGUUUGCCACAAGUGUAUAUGGUCUUCACUGGGCGUGCUUUUCUACGUAUUUCCAAUGCUUCCGCAGGAGCCCCCAAAAUGUCCCAUCUACCUAUAGUAAUUGGGGAAGAAAAUUAAUUGCCUACGAAAAUAGCAAUUAAACACACAAGUACUUUGCAGUAGAGAUUUUUAAAUUGUGUUCUCCCCUGUAAGCUGCUGUGCGAGUGUGCACGCAGACAGAAUGGUUAAAACUCCACCUGCUUUCUGUGUGGAUCCCUUCAGAGGAACCUUAGAAUUGCGUGUAUUUUGAAUCUUAGAUUUUAAAUCUUUUUAUACAGCAAAUUAUGUAAUGUCAUAAAUUAAGAAAAGUCUGUUACCUUUCAACAAAAGAGACAAUUUCAGUCCAGUUUUAUAAUAACGUUAAAAAACCUCUAAGGGUGUUACUUCCUGUGAGGAUAACCCUUGGGCUUCCGUGCAUUUGGUCCGCUCUAAAGCAGCACCUGCAGCUGAGCUCCAUCGCACCCACGCACUUCGGGGUUCGGACUCACCCCCGCUGCCCGCGCAGCCUGCCUCUCUGGGUCCUGGCCGUGUGUUUUCCACAACAGGCGAAAGUCAGGGCAUUAUCUUCUGCUGUCAUUCACAAAAGUUAAGUUCUGCGUGUGAGUUUAAGGAAAUUUGAGAUUUUCAGAUGCAGUAUUUUAAAGGGAGCAACUUCAUUUGCAUCAAAACACUUGUGUUGUUUUUUUGGUAAGAACUGUCUAGAAGAGGAAAUUAGUAGCUGUUGACAUGGUGGCAAAUUUGGGAGGGACAGAAUAUGGUCUUUAUUGACUGGUGUGUGUGUCUUUACACUUGAAUUCUUUAGAAAUCAAAAACUAUGGAAAAUUUCAUCUGACACUACUUUGCUGGGCUAUGAAACAGGCUGCAGACACGGCCAUUUGGGCAGCAAAACGACCAAAAGCUGCAAUCAGUCUAAUCAGCGCUUACGGCAUCCUUUGCUAAGUGAAACUCCACACCUGGCACAGGUGACUAAGCUGUGUAUGAAUCCCACAUAGCUUAAUCGGAUACAUCUUUUCCUUGUGGAGUCGGAAACACAGUUGGGACCAGAGCAGUGGAAGUCCUGAUGCUGGGAAGCAGAGGGGCGGGGUCAUCACUGACGUCACUCAGGGCAGGGAGCUUGGCCACGCUGGCAUCGCUGAUGCGAUGGCUUCUCCACUCAGGCUCUGGGUGAACGCUCCUGGUGAUGCACGAUUUGUUCUAGGUGUUCGCUGUAUUUUGACUUCAUUGCUGUGCUUCUGAGCCACACACUUUGUUUCCUGGGCUGUGUAAAGAUCUUGGCAUCAGAAGCCACAGUCAGUAUUUUCUGUGUCUGGUGAGCCCUCCCUGAGCUGGGGUGAGGGUGGAGUGGCUCAGUCCAGCAGCUGUGGACGCAGUCACGUCAGUGGCGUGGCUUGCAGGAUGUGUUGUGGUUUAUGGGAUGGCGGGAGGGAUGAUAGGGGCGGUUUGCACUUGCUGUCAGCUGCCUCGUUUGCUAAUGCCUGGGCUGUCCGGUUUACUUGUCAGUAUUUCCUUAUCUCCCACGCCAGUCAGGACAGGCAGUGAACACUGGCACAGAGGGAAAAGGCGAGGAAACCGGCGGGUUCUGCUGUUAGUGCUGACCACAGGGUGGUCCGGAGAUGCUCCCACCUGCAUUAAGGUCACAACAGAUGAGUGUCAACUGCCCGUGAACAGCAGGACUGAAAAAAAACAAGGAAAAUGAGUGAUGGUGCUGAAGGGCGUAGAUUACAAGAUUUUUAACAAACCCAGCAAAACAGACGGCCAAAAGAAGACAAUGUUCUCCUACUGCAGACAGACAUAGGCACUUGGUAAAACUGCCAAAUUUUGGAAAUAAAAAUAUUUAAAGCACAGUACUGACGAAUGGGACAAACCCUGACGCUGUUCACCAAGGAAAGCAAUCUUGACGAGGUCCGGAAGUGAGGGGGCAAGCGGGGUGGGGGGGGUGGGGGGGUGGGAUGCUUGCAGGCGGGGCGCUAGGGUGCGUGGGCCAAUAGCACAGCACGCCCUCGGGCCCUAGCCCUGUGGGGUCUGAAGUCCGAGGGGGAGACCUGGCAGUCCGAGACAAGCCCUCGGGGGACUCGGGUGCACGCUGUCGUUUGAGAACCACGGGCUUUUCUGCAGCUAGAAAGAACUGUUUUAAUGUACCCCGUCCCUGAGCUCUGAGGUGCUCUCUUCUGUUCCCCUCCGUGGGAGAUGUUUGUGUGUGAUACUCGCAAAGACUGUUAUGUCUGUAUCCCCCGUACCCUUCCCCUCGUGCUCCUGAAAGAUUACCCGGAAAUUUAGAAAGGAUAAUGUGGAGAAAAUGCCAUCAAGGCCCCAUUUAAAUGGAUGGAACAUUUUAAAAUGGAUUAAAAUACAACAAUGAAUUUUUA